UAAAUUCUGAGAUCCCUAGAUGCCAUAUGUUUACAAUGAGGUAGAAAAGUGUCGUAAGCAACAUAACGUGUUGUAUACGGUUUUGUUAUAUUAUAUUAGGGAUUUUUUAUACAAAAUUAAAAAUGGUGAAACUUUGUUGUAUUUGCAAAUUAGAAAGUGGGGUGAUACCAGACAUUUCUUUGCACAGUAUUCCAAGAGAUAAUGAGAGAAGAAAGAAGUGGUUUUUAAGUAUUGGCCGAGAAGUGAGCAAGACAAGCGCUAUUUGCAGUCAGCAUUUUGAAAAAAAAGAUAUUUAUUAUAAAGUUGUUGGAGAAUCUGUGAAACGGUUUCUACGCUCUACUGCAUAUCCAUGCUUAAAAUUACAGUCUCAGUCAAACAGUGAGGAUGUGUUCAGCGAUGAUGAUGAUGAUGAUGAUGAUUUGGAGAAUUAUGAUAUUCAAUCCGUACCAGUAUUGUCAGAUACAACAAACCAAAAUAUUACUGAAGUACCAGUAUCGUCAGAUAUAACAAACCAAAAUAUUACUGAAGUACCUGUAUUGCCAGAUAUAACAAACCAAAAUAUUGCUGAAGUACCAGUAUGGUCAGAUAUAACAAAUCAAAAUAUUACUGAAGUACCAGUAUUAUUAGACAUGACAAGCCAAAAUAUUAUUGAAAAUCUCAACACGUGUACAACUGAAGCCAAUAUUGAUCAUGUAAAUGAUAUUAGUAUGUACAGGCAGGGCUGCCAGAAUGCAGGACUUCUCCUCCCGUGCUCUCCCCAAUACUGUAUGAUGCUGUAUGCUCAAUGUGUUCUCCCCACUUACAUAUGGCAUUAUUAGGCAUGUCUCCAAUGACCAUGAGUAACAUAAGUGGGGGGAAAAAAAUUAAUGGGAGACAACACGGGAAGAGGAGAAGUCUUACAAAUCUAUGGCUUACCUCCUCUAUGUAUAUAAUCUCUAUGGGAUCAACACAACGCACAGCAGAAUAAACGAACAGUGGAAUAAGCACCUAAGCAUUGUGAAGUGUCCGUGCAACGAUGCUCUGUACAAAGUUCUAUAUUAAAUAUAUUUAAAAUGUCAUCCA